AUGCCACGUCGUGAAAAGAAAACGGCAUCGUAUGCAAAGCCCGUCAAUGAGGUGGUGAGUGCUGUGGCCACGUCGUACCGCGACUAUAUACGCAACCUCACACCUCGGUUGAAAUUGAUAGACUCAUUUUUGGCAUUCUUGGUGGCAUUGGGAGGUUUGCAAUUUUUGUAUGUUUUGUUAAUUGGAAACUUUCCAUUCAAUGCUUUCUUAGGAGGGUUUAUCAGUUGUGUGGGUCAGUUUGUGUUAACUGUGAGUUUGCGGUUGCAAUUUGUUUCGGGUACAGAACAGAAAAAGACCGUGGAAACUGAAGACGGCGAAGUAAAAGAAAUGGAACCGGUAUUUUCCAUUACACCACAACGAGCUUUUGGUGAUUAUAUAUUUGCCAGCUUGAUAUUGCAUUUUGUGGUGUUGCACUUUAUCAAUUGA